ACGUCAGACGACUUCAGCCAAUGAAUGCGCAGUGUGGGAAUGGCCUACCUUAUAUCAUUUACGCUAUGCCAUAUUUUUUCUAAUUACGUUGUUGAAUAAGAGGUUUACCGGUUUGUGGCAGUACGUGUAUGUGGUAAUUUCUUGGGUAAUUUUUAAAUAAUUUCUUCUCCAAUGGAUGAUGAUUCCAAUCGUUUUCUCGAUAAGAUUUUUUCUGAUGUUUCAAAAAAGUCAGCAGUAUCUCAAAUCGUGAUAGGAACUGCUGCUGGAUGGUUGACGGGGUUCGUGACGGUGCGGGUGGGCAAGGUGGCGGCCCUGGCACUGGGUGGCGGCGUGGUGCUGCUGCAACUGGCUCACCACCAGGGCUACGUGCGAGUGAACUGGGACAAGCUGUACCGCCAGGUGGACAAGCUGGCCGACAAGGUGGAGAAGGAGGCCACGGGGCAGGGCCCCAAGCUGAUGGACAAGGUGGAACGUUAUGUUGAUGACAAAUAUGAAAAAGCAAAGGAUGCUCUAAAUAAACACAAGCGCGAUGCUAGACGCUGGUACCAUUCCUUCAUUGGUGACGACGAUGGCUAUGUUACAGACACUCACAUUUUUCUAGCAUCAUUUGCAGCAGGUGUUUCCAUGGGGAUGAUGAUGGCAUAGAGUGGUUUAGAAAGACAGUAUUUGUAGUUCUUAAGCGUUUAAAUGUACUAACAUAUAUUUUAAUGAUUUGAGAAAAUCUUAACCCUAUGUUAGGUAUUCAUCAAUUUUAAAUAUGUUUAUGUAAUUGUAAGCUUUUAUUUUUUCCAUACUGAUGCUUUUAACCAAAGUUGAUGUCAUAACUAUUUAUUUUCUGUGAUAUGUACAUAAAAUACAUACUUGUUUUCAUACCUAAAUAUUACUAAAAGAAACAUAUAUUCAUAACUUUGCUAUGAAAUUAUGUUUAGCAUCUUAAACCUGAUAGGCAAUUAAAUGGUAAGUGGUAAGAUAUACAAUAAGAUGUGCAUUACACUCGUACAUGGGAAAGUCUACCCUGUGCCAUCUUUCUAGACUAGAGUCCACGACCUUUGGAAUGCAGUUCUUCAAGCAAAACCCUAAAAACUAAUAUUUGUAUGUACUAUAUUUGUUUUCAAUUAAAAAUUUUUCAAAUUCAACUUUCAUACUCUUAACUGAAUGUAAAAGUUGGUGAACAACUCAUCUUUACACAGUUGUAUUUUGUAAAGAUAAUCUCAUUUGAAGAGCUUUAAGUAAUUCGUUUUUUAGAAGUAUUUUAUAGUAGCAAGGACAAAGAAUAGUUGAAUGACUUGUGUUCUGCGAUUUUGUCCGGGUCUCUUAGAUUAUUUGGUAUGCAUGGUAGGUAAGUGUUUGAAAUGAGACUGUAAAAUGCAAUUUAUUUGCUAAAAUUUUUUUUCCUAUUCGUCCAUGCAUGACACUAAAAUUACUUAAUUUCAUGGUUGGUUACCUUAGUACUAGUUAUUAUAGUGAUAUUAGAGUAAACUGUGGUUGUUGUUUCAAACUAAACCAUUCUGUUGCUUUCCUUUUAAUGACUGAUGUUCAUGUAGGAACUUCAAUGUAUCAUUAUUUGUUGCUGGAAGCAAAAAAUUGUUGUAUAAAAUGCAAUUGUAAAGAAAAGAUUAAAGUAAAUGUUGUUUGAAUUUAUGGUGUAAUUGAUCAUUUUAUAUUUUGGAGUAAAAUGUUAAUCUCCAUAUCACCUACUGUUUAAAAUAAAGUGAACUUGAUGGGUUCAGAACUGAACGUUUAUUAUCUAGUGUUUUGCCACGAAUGAUGCAGUGCUUGUUUUAAGGGUAGCUAGUAGCCUGUCAUCUCCAGAGGUCCACACGCUUCCUUGUGCAUUUAGACCUUUUUCUGUUUGUUACAUAUUGUUCGUUAUUGUUCAUGAUGUUUGUUUUGCCCAGAAAGUCCUUUCUCUUGGUGCAAGUGCAGUGCAAUUGGAUGAGUGUUAUUAACUUUUAAUUAUGUCACUAAUCUCGUCUCUUGGCGGAUGUUGCCCUGAGGUGGUGCGUUUUCUCAGGUUACUCCUGUAGUUGCUGUAGCUUACCAUUUCAUUCUCCGUUGUCUUUAAUGACCUCAAUAUUAUCAGUAGGUUGGUGUGUCGUUAAUAAUUUAAUAGCAUAUUUGUGAUUUUAGGGCAUGUUGGAAACUAAAAAAAAGUAUUGUGCUGAAUUGUGUUUAGUUGAUGAAAUAAAAUUAAUAGUUGUAAAUUUUUUUAAUAUUUUUUAAUUGUCAAAAUAAAUUAUUAGUUGUUGCCAUUUUGUUUACAUAAACUUUAUUUGGUUAUUUUCAUUAUAGAAUGAAUUUGGGAAAUAAUGGGCAAAGGCAAAGUUACUUGGUUAUGACACAUAAUAAAGUAAGAAAUACUUGCAAAUAUACAUAUGUAUUUCAUUUUUGUAAAAUGUGACACCAUUUUGCUUUGGCUGGUUUUUUUUCAAUCACUACCAGGGUUUUAUAAGUCAACAGUGAUGUAGGUUAGUGCAAAGUUUUAUUAGUUUCAUUUAAGAUAUCAUCAGUAAGCACCUGCUGUAGCAAAAUAAAUAUGUAUUGCAAGUAGUGAUUGGUCAAAUCUGAAUCUCGAAGUGCGUCGAAUCCACCCCUUUAGUUCAAAUAUUUUUUUUUUCAGGGUCAAAAAUGAAAUAAUGUACAAGAAAUUAAAAAAAAAUGUUAACUUACAUCAAAUGCUUCUUCAUAGCACUUAUUUGGUGAGGUUGUUAGCUACAUUUUGAAUUGGUAAUUCCUAAUGAUUUUACAGAAUUUUAAAUGUAGCUAACCUAUACCAACCAACCCAUUUCAUAAUGUAACAUAUUUAUACCUAACUUAACCAUUUGAUAAAAUGAUAAACUACUUGAAGUAUCACAAUGCCCUGUUACAGAAUGAUUGGAAAACAUACCAGGAAAUUAGGAAAGAACCUUUUCAAGGUUCCCCCCCGCCUUCCACCCCCUCUCUAUGAAACAAAUGUUUUAUCAGAAUUACCUAUUUUUUUUGUAAGAAGUGUUACUUACUGUUGAAUCAUUGACAUGUGGCAGGUACAAAAUAAAACAUCACACACAUUCUCUAUCAUUUUUCAUAACAGGGCAGAACCUUCACAAUGUGUAAAUUUCUACAUGUUGUAAGAACUAAAGUAACUGAAAACACAGGGACUAUGCUAAACUACAUUAUGCACAUUAAAAAAAACAUGUCUUCACAUACCAUUAAGAAGUAUUUCUUGGCCUAACCUAUAAAAUUUUUAAAAGGUCAAGUGCAAACAAAUAAGAAAAAUAUUAAUACCAUGUUUUACCGGGAAACAGUUUUUUUCCACUUGAAAAAUGAAAUUUUUGUGUCGUCCAGUAAUAAAAGAAAGUUAAAUAAAACCAGGUAGAAAUAUAAAAUGCGUAGCAUCUUAUGUAAGUAAAGCCAUCCCGCUUUUUCACUAAAUAACCGAGAAUAUGAAGAUACAAGAUGUACAACUGUCCUACACAGCACAAAAGAGCAAUGUAUCACAUUUGUGGCAUUUUAAUAAAAUCGAUGGGUGCUGUAGCAGAAAAAAGUGAGAUUUAUCAAAAUAUUUAGUUGAAAUUUGUUUCCUGUGUUAAAGAUAUAUGACCUUCCAUGUGAUGUGUUAAAAAAUGGCGUCGCAACUCUCAGAAACAGCUGUUUUUCGUGCCAAACUUGGAGUAUCUACAAAAAAUGUUGAGAAAUUUGGUGAAACACUUUAAAAACUGCUGAAUUUCCUUUUUUGUGUGUGUGUGUGUAUGUGUGUGUGUGUAUGUGUGUGUGUGUGUGCGCGCGCGCGCCUGCGCCUGCGUGUAUAUAUAUAUAUAUAUAUAUAUAUAUAUAUAUAUAUAUAUAUAUAUAUAUAUAUAUAUAUUAGAAUAUUUUGAGGAAUGGUAAUAAAAUAAGUACAAAGAUAAACAUACCUAAAUAAGCCUAGUAAAUUUAUGAGUUGCCAGUGUUGAAUUUUUGAAUUUACUACAUUUACUCCAAGAUUUUUCUUCAAAUCUUUUUACUUGAAUCUUUCUAAUACUAAGAGAUUUGGUGGGGUUCAAGGACUCAACCGGCCCAUCCGUAGUUAUAAGGUAAUGUGCUGAUAGAUUUUAAACUUCAAAUUUAAUGAUGUAAUGUAAACUUUUUUUUUUAAGGAAUCACAUUUGUAGUAUUUACAUAACUGUUAUAACAGUUUGAAACACACAAGUUUCUUCAUCCACUCCUAAUUACUAAUUAAAGGGGCAGAAAUUUGGCCACUCUGAAAGUGUAAACUGUGAGCAUGCUGAAUGUGCUCACUGUGUAAAUUUGUUUUAAAAUUAUACUUUGGUAUUUAGAGAACUUCCUAGUCAUUAGAGAAAUUCUGCCUUUUUUUUCCAUCUCAAAAUGAGAACAGCAGUUGGUCAUGAACAAUGAAAAUACAUAAUAUCCUUUAGGCUGAUGAUUGUGUGAAGUAGGUGCACUGUUGCUCAUUUGUUGGUUAAGCCUUCAGUGUUUUAGUAAGGAAAUGAGCUACUGUAUUGUAGGAAAAUGAAGUUAUUAACCACAUCUUUAUCUUAAUAAUUUGAAAAAUACUGCGGUAAUAUUCCAUUUGCAGAUAUACAUAGAAUGGUGAUUUUGUUUUAUUUAAAUUUUGCAAUAUUACUAAAUUAAAGUUUUGGUAGGUCUAUAGACCAUACAAAGUAAUUAACUUAUAAAUGAACAAAUGUAGAUAUCCUUGGACUGUGGUGUUAUAAAUUAAAACAAAAAAUGUUAUCAAAUAUGACUUUUUUUUGGGCUGGCAAAGAAACAUACGUUUGACUAACUGAAAUUAUUAAAUACAUGUUUUUUUGUAAAUGGGUUAAUGCUAUAUUAAAGUGGAAACAAAAUUAAAUUUGAUUUAUGAUUUACAUACGUUUAAAAUGACAUCAAAUUCAAAAAUAAUACAAACCCAUAAAUGUUUGCACUACUAUUGAAAUUGUAUUACUAAACUAGCAGAGUUUGUGUAGCUACUUAGUUACUAAAUGUAUAUCAUUUUCUAUGCUUGUUCAUAAUAUUUAGUUUAAUUAAUGCUUGUGGUAUUGAUAUAUUAUUUAAAUAUUUGCUCUUUCUGGUCAUAUUAAGAAUUUAUCUAAGAGUAUGUAGUCUGUAAUUGUAUGAAAUGUAAGAAAAUGUAUUUAAGAUUAAGGGAAGUUGCUGCCAGUGUAGAGACCAGUGCAACUAAAACACUGUUCGUGUCCUACCUGAAAAAUUAUCCCGAAAGUGUUAAAAAUCAUUAAUAUUAUAGAAUAAAAAUUAUGAGGAAUA